UUCCCCGCAGACAAAAGCAACUAUUUCCGCCAACUCCAUCCUCCAGGAGCCGCAGAAGUCCGACGACCAAAUGUGAACUUCUUCUCGGGAGUGAUGCGCGCCAACGAGGAGGGGCGCAGCGCGCCAAAGUGAGCGACAUCGCGCCGAAGAUGUCGACCCCGCUUUGCCACCCACACGAAAUCGAUGGUAUUAUCCCUCCAGGAGAAGUAUAAAUACCGACGUUUCUGCACAGGACCGGCAGGACCAGAACCGAACCCGUCCAGGAGGUCUACCGUCCUUCAAUAGUCAUGCAGGUGGAGAGAAAAUGUCACGUGUUCCUGGCCGUCCUCCUGCUGCUCCUCGCCUCGGCCGACCUGUGCCCGGACGGCCACCAGGUCCGGCGGAGGGAGAGGAGGACCUUGUUGCUGGACAUCCUCUUGCAGGUCACGCCCGGCGGGCUCCUGGGCCCCCCGCGGGACCUGAGGUGGUCCCCCCGAGGAAAGCCUCUCUACGUCCCCGGGCUGGACGGCGCUCAACUCCUAGAGGUGGUUCCUCGAGAUGCAAACAAGAAAAGCAAAUUCAUUCAACACUUCACAGGACCAGUCAAGUUCUCAUCGGAAUGCAGGACUGGCUUUGACAGACUUUACCACAACACCAGGGAUUGUUCCAGACCAGCGUACUAUAAAAGAUGUGCCAGGUUGCUGACACGGUUAGCCAUGAGUCCUCUCUGCACGCCAUCAUAGACCUGAACAUGUGCCGCCAUCAUGGAACUACGUCUUGCCAAGGAAGUGCCUUCAGAUCCACAGCAGUUACUGUACAUACAUCUAUACAUACAUCUAUACAUGCAUC